AAAACAAGCAAAAUCAAAACAGAAAAAUUGAUUUGUAUUUGCACCUGCUUCAUUGGACGCUGGAUUUGGAAAGCUGGGGAUUUCCGUUUUUUAUUUUUUCCUUUAAGAUUUUAGCAUCUUUUUAAUCUGCUCCCCAAAUAUUCAAGAACUGACUGAGCCUAGCAGGUCAGAUCCUGUCCAGCGGGGACUUUCCCCCGUAGGAGUCCUACACCUUCGGAUUACUUUCUGGUGGCCAUUCCUGCAAGUUUCCUUCCCAGGAGCUUCCUGCAGGUGGGCAGCUAGGCUGCAGCGACUACGCAGCUACGCAUCACAGCCUGUUGAACUCUUCUCAGCAGGAGGAGGCGGGGUAAAGGAAUAAAGUGUAGGAUUUAGCCAAGCUCAAGAAUGGAGGUGCAGUUAGGGCUGGGGAGGGUCUAUCCCCGCCCGCCAUCGAAGACCUAUCGAGGUGCUUUCCAGAACCUGUUCCAGAGUGUGCGUGAUGUGAUCCAGAAUCCAGUUCCCAGGUACCCUGAGGCCUCCAGCGCAGCACCUCCAGGCCUCCGUUUGCAGCUGCAGGAGACAAGCACACAGCAGCAGCACCAUCAGAAUGAAGAUGGUUCUCCCCUAACACUGAACAGAGGCCCCACAGGCUACUUGGCCGUGAAUGAGGAACCGCUUCCUUCUUUUAGAUCCGCCACUGAGGACCACCCGGAGAGCAGCUGCAUAUCAGAGACCAGAGCUGCCACUGCCUCGGGCAAGGGGCUGCAUCAGCCGCCAGCUCCUCCUGAUGAGGAUGACUCAGCUGCCCCAUCCACGUUGUCCUUGCUGGGUCCCUCUUUCCCGGGUUUAAGUAGCUGCUCUACUGAUCUUAAAGAUAUCUUAAGCGAGGCGGGUACCAUGCAACUCUUGCAGCAGCAGCAGCAGCAGCAGCAGCAGCAGCAACAGCAGCAACAGCAGCAGCAGCAAGAGGUGAUAUCAGAAGGCAGCAGCAGCGGGAGAGUGAGGGAGGCCGCUGGGGCUCUCAUCUCCUCCAAGGACAGUUAUCUAGGGGGCACCUCGACUAUCUCUGACAGCGCCAAGGAGUUAUGUAAGGCAGUGUCCGUGUCCAUGGGCUUGGGUGUGGAGGCAAUGGAACAUCUGAGUCCUGGUGAACAGCUUCGGGGGGAUUGCAUGUACGCGCAGCUCUUGGGCGGUCCAACCGCUUUGCGUCCCACUUCUUGCGCUGCACUCGCUGAAUGCAAAGGUUCGCUGCUGGAUGACGGUCCAGGCAAGAGCACCGAAGAUACUGGUGAAUAUUCUCCUUUCAAAGCAGCUUAUGCCAAAGGACUGGAAGUUGAGAGCCUGGGCUGCACUGGCAGCAGCGAAGCAGUGAGCCCCGGAACACUGCCAUCCACCCUCUCACUCUACAAGUCUGGAACACUAGAUGAAGCUGCCUCCUAUCAGAGUCGCGACUACUACAACUUUCCAAUAGCGCUAACGGGGCCGCCGCCCCCUCCUCCACCACUUCCUCAUCCUCACGCCCGCAUCAAGCUGGAGAAUCCCCUGGAUUAUGGCAGCGCCUGGGCCGCUGCAGCAGCACAAUGCCGCUAUGGAGACCUGGCAAGCCUGCAUGGAGGGGGUGCAUCAGGACCCGACACAGGCACAGGCUCACCGACAGCGGCUCCCUCCUCUUCAUGGCACACUCUCUUCACAGCUGAAGAAGGCCAGUUGUAUGCACCCUGUAGCGGGGGCGGUAGUGGCAGCACCACAGGGGAGUCAGGGGCUGUAGUCCCCUAUGGCUAUACUCGUCCACCCCAAGGACUAACAGGCCAGGAAAAUGACUUUCCUCCCCCUGAUAUGUGGUAUCCCGGUGGGGUUGUGAGCAGAGUGUCCUACCCAAGUCCCAGCUGUGUCAAAAGCGAAAUGGGACCCUGGAUGGAGAGCUUCCCUGGACCUUAUGGUGAUAUGCGUUUGGAAACUACCAGGGACCACGUUCUGCCCAUCGACUAUUACUUUCCACCCCAGAAAACCUGCCUGAUCUGUGGAGAUGAAGCUUCUGGUUGUCACUAUGGAGCUCUCACUUGUGGAAGCUGCAAAGUAUUCUUUAAAAGAGCUGCUGAAGGGAAACAGAAGUAUCUUUGUGCCAGCAGAAAUGAUUGCACCAUUGAUAAAUUCCGGAGGAAAAAUUGUCCAUCUUGUCGUCUUCGAAAAUGCUAUGAAGCAGGGAUGACUCUGGGAGCCCGGAAGCUGAAGAAACUUGGCAAUCUAAAACUACAGGAGGAAGGGGAAUCUUCCAGUGCCAACAGCCCCACUGAGGAACAAACCCCAAAGUUGACAGUAUCUCACAUUGAAGGCUUUGAGUGUCAGCCCAUCUUUCUGAAUGUUCUGGAGGCUAUUGAGCCAGGCGUGGUGUGUGCUGGCCAUGACAACAACAAGCCUGACUCUUUUUCAGCCUUGCUUUCUAGUCUCAAUGAACUAGGGGAGCGACAGCUUGUGCACGUGGUCAAGUGGGCCAAGGCCUUGCCUGGUUUCCGCAACUUGCAUGUGGACGACCAGAUGGCAAUCAUUCAGUACUCUUGGAUGGGGCUGAUGGUGUUUGCCAUGGGCUGGCGGUCCUUCACCAACGUCAACUCCAGGAUGCUCUACUUUGCCCCUGACCUUGUUUUCAAUGAGUACCGCAUGCACAAGUCCCGAAUGUAUAGUCAGUGUGUCAGAAUGAGGCACCUUUCUCAAGAAUUUGGAUGGCUCCAAAUCACUCCCCAAGAAUUUCUCUGCAUGAAGGCACUGCUGCUGUUCAGCAUUAUUCCAGUUGAUGGCCUAAAAAAUCAAAAAUUCUUUGAUGAACUUCGAAUGAACUACAUAAAGGAACUUGAUCGUAUCAUUGCAUGCAAGAGAAAAAACCCCACAUCCUGCUCAAGGCGCUUCUACCAGCUCACCAAGCUUCUGGACUCUGUGCAGCCUAUUGCAAGAGAACUGCAUCAGUUCACAUUUGACCUGCUAAUCAAGUCCCACAUGGUGAGCGUAGACUUUCCAGAAAUGAUGGCAGAGAUCAUCUCUGUGCAAGUUCCCAAGAUCCUUUCUGGGAAAGUCAAGCCCAUCUAUUUCCAUGCCCAAUGAAGCUUUGGAAUCCCUUAUUUCCUCAUUCUCACCACUUUCCUUUUCAGAUAUCUUCUGCCUGAAUGAAUAACUGCACGACUCUGCAAUGCCUUGAGAAAUUUCCACUACUGGUGUGCAAUAUGUCAUGAAGAUAUUCCAUAGUUCAAUUUGCUGUGCUUUUUUUCUCUUAUUUUUAAAUCCCUCUUCUUCUCUGACCCUCACAUGGCACUUUAGACUCUGCUUCUUACCAUGACUCUUACCCAUGAUUUCAAUAGUGUUGUAUAUCUUUAAAUCUGUGAUGAUUCCUCUAUGGCCCAUUGUCAAGUUGUGCUUGUUUAUAGCAGUAUGCCGUGUGCCAGCCACACAAACAUUUACUCACCUGAUGUCACAGCAAGUUUAGUUUUUAUGAGUUUCUGGCAAAACAAAACAAAAACAAAAGCAGAAAACUUGCUAGUGAUUUUUCUCUUAAAGUUAUGAAAACAAACAUUUUUAAAGAGGAUAACAGUCAUUAAAAUAAGGUGGAAAUUCUAGGCCCAUGGGGAAUUGAACUGCUUUUAUUCUUAACCCUCCCUCCUGGAAAAAAUUAUUUUCUGCCUAGGGCUAUUGCUGUUAAAGGGCAGGAUGACCCCAGAGUUGAGUUGGGGUAGGAGGGAGGACUUAUUAAAAACAGGACAAAGAGGACAACUAGAUCAACAGUACCUGCCUAAGGCCAUUGUCCCUGAGGGCUUGACUGUUCAACUCUAGUACAGUUCAUUGUACUGGACAACGUGCUUCUUAUUUGUAAACUCUUUUGCAUGUGAAUAUCUCCCCCUUCUAAUCCAUUUUCUGUAUCAUUCUCUUUUUACACUUAAAUGAAAUUUCCAUAGCUUUUUAAGAACUUCAACUAGAUCUAGUCCAAACAUGGCUAUAUCCCCUGAAGAAUCUGACCAGAGGGAGGAGAUAUCUGAUUCUUUGGAAGACAUGGUCUGAUCCAGUUUAACUUUCUCAUUUGUGGGUCUGAAUGGAACUUGAGUCUAGAGUCAGAGAAAAAGGAGCUGGUGACUUGCUGUUCUCCUUCCUUGGACCUAAGAAGUUUACUGAUCCUUCUUUAUCCCUAUCUUUAAUACACCCAACUGUUUUCUGCCUGAAUUUCUAUAGCUGCAAAUUCUCAAAACAAUCCCUUCUGUGUUUUGUGAUCCUGAGUUUCAACUGACAGCAUUUAAGUCAUUACAGUGAACUUUGUUUACAUCUUUGGGCAUGUUCACAGACUGCUAAAGCCUCUUCCACUUAAAUGGCUAGCAAGGCAGCAGUACUGACAUGUAGAUGUCAUUAAGUUUAAGAUUUCUUACCAAGUACUCUCUCAACUAUCAGAUCUCUAUAGUUCUUAAAUAAACUGGAAAAAAGUAUCAUUGGGAUUUGACAAGAUGUGUAUUUUGACCUUGUCCCCAGAGAUGCUACCUUCCCUCCCUUUGAAGACAUGUCCACUUUCUACUUCAGAGCAGCUAAAGGGAGAUCCCAGAUCAGGUUUGAAGAGAAAAAUCAAUUACCAGGGAGGGAAGAAUGAAAUAAUUACAACCCAAAACUGUAAAUGAUCAUCUUGCUACCCAGCAGGAGAUACACCUGCAGAAAUCCUAUAAAGAAGAGAGAAGAAAUCAAGAGGAGACUAAGACACCUAACUAAAGUCUUCAGAGGCAAAGUUUAAACCCUGGUGGACAUCAUCUGUUGAGUAUACUUCCAUUCCUCCUCUGCUGCUGAAUAUGGACUCUGACGUUGACCAUGCUCACUCAGAGUAACACUUUCAUUGCAGCCUCACAGAGGAAGGCUGAGAUAUUGAGACUAUACAAACAUGGCCAUCUUUUGGAAAAACCUGAUUGUUGUGACUCCCAUGGGUUACUACCCAUGAAUUCAUAAUGUGUUCCUUGGACACUGGUUUCAUAAUGUCCUUGGCAUAACUCUGUUCAGUUACUUUGUUUCCCAACCCUGAGUUCAGCAGAAUGUUCACCUACUUUCUUAUAUCGGUACUGCUCUCUCAGCUCUUAGUAAGAAUUUGUUUCCCAUUUCAUUGGUUCACUCUAUUUGUUGAGAAUAUAGUUUCUUUUGGCAUUACAUGAUAUAGGUGAAUUUCCUCCACCGAUUUCUGUGUUGAUAGCCAAAAGAAUUUCAAAACAGCUCUUGAAAUAAUGAGGGAGAUGUGAUGGGUAUAUCAAUCCGAGAUUGGUGUACAUUACAAAAGAUAAUAGGCUCUCUUUCUGGGGUAGAAUAGACACAUUCUGAUUUACUUUGUUAUGGCACCAUAUGGUUUACAUAAUAAGCCCACAAAAUUACUUUUAGUUGUUCUAAACAGAAGAAAAAAAUUAUAACUCUUUCACUUAAAAUCUGUUAUACUUUAAUAGCCCCUUUAUAUCUGUUUUGAGAUGGUCUUCAUCUUUUCUGGUGCAUGAAUGCUAUUAUGUCAUUCUAAUAUUUCAUCUUGUAAAUACUGGAGGUUCUCCUUUUUCUCAGACUAUCAGUUUUCAGCUUUAUGGGUUUCCCAAUUAUGACAUUUGUUCUUAUGAAUAUAUUAUAUUUUUAAAUGUUUAAAGAUAAAACCUAUGAAACAUCAGUGUAAUUAAAAUCAACAUCAAAUGAAUUACUCUGAAUUACCAAAUGGUAAGACUAGAGAAAAACUACCUAAACAAGGCAUUUGACCUAGUGUUUUUGAACUAGUGUUUCAGUGGGCGAAGGAGAUUUUGGCUUGUCUUUGUUCUUCCACAGAUAAAAGGGAGUAUUUUUUUCCUUUUAGUCAUUGAUGUUGCAACAAAUUCAAGUUCAUAAUUCUCAUUUUGCAUUUAUUCUGCUCCACAAACUGAGUUGAUAUGGUUGCUACACUGUGCUCAUGUGUGAAGGAUCAGCCAUCCAGACCCACUGCUUUUGUGAGCUGGAAGAUGAGGAUCAUUCACAAGACAAUUCACAGGACCUAUCUCUAAAGAUAUUUACAGUUCUCAAUUGGACGAAGAGUGGGGAAGAUUAAAAAGAAACAGCAGAGAAAAGAUUCCAUCUGUGCUGGGCAGCAGACAGCUGCCAGGGUCACAAACUCUGUGGUUUAAAAAAAAAAAGAAGUAAUGUGGCAGUUUCAGCUCUUAUUGAUUGGGCAAUAUGCCCAGGCCUAGCCUCUGAGAUGAAAUGAGGAUUGGGUUCUUUGUUUUACUGUUUUUCUAUGCCACAAACAGUAUCAUUGUUCUUAUAGACUUGUUAUUUUUCAUUUAGAAGGGAUUUUUGAAGGAUUCUGUCAUAUAUCAUUGAAAAUAUAACCAGUAAUGCAUAUAUUUUUGCAGAAGCUCACCAGCACUGAAAGAAAAAGAUAUUUACUCUGUUUUUUGGUUAGUUGCUGAGGUGAUUGUCAAAGGUUAGAAAGCAUGUGCUGAUGCUUUCCUCUCUGUCCAUAAUAUUCUUCCAAAUACAUAUGUGCAUAUAUAGCAAGAAGUAUUCUACUUGUACUUUAAGAGACCAUAGACCUACUAUCCAUCCACAUAAUAAGAAAUUAAUGCAAGUGGCCUAACUUUGAGCUUCAAAUUGUUUGUUUCACUAGGGGUAUGACAGAUAUGGCUUCAUUUUUAUUCCCUUGAAAUUCAGCAGUGGGCAAAAGUUCAAACUAUUUUUUUACCCCUUCCAAGUCCUUUGCCAGAGAGAUUCACUUCCUGAAACUAAACAGUCUAAGAAGUAUUCUUGUUAUUCUCUGCAUAGACUUGGGUAAACAAUAAACUGACUUUUAGUUAUCCUCUGCUAGUUGCCCAGGUGAGAGGACCAUGGUUUAAGGGAGGACCUUCAUCUUUGAAUAUACUCCUCCAUAAUAGGACACAGUUACCAGGAAUGCAAAGUUAGGGAUCAAAUUCCAAACUUAAAGUAAGUCAGAUAAUAUGUGCAAUUUCCUGUAAAAGGAGGAUUCUACCCCUCUUUACUUUUAUAAGCAGGUCUGUUCUCACCACUAAUCUAAUUGAAAAUCUUUGAAAGCAAUUAAACUACAAAGAAAUGAAAGAACCCUAUUAUAUAACCAAAGAUUACACUGUAUCUGCUAAGAUACCAAAAAGUUUAAAGACAAGGAGGGAAUAAGCAUUAGUGCCUCUUUAGUAAACUACCCAAAGACAGACUAAAAAACUUUGCUGGUGACUAACCUAUGAGUGUUGUGGGUUUCUUCCUGACUGUACAUGUUUAGAGGAGUGGGAAGUAAUUCUUGGGGAUUAAGCAGGAUAAUAGGUCCUUUAAUAAGUGAUUUUAUGAGCAAAACUAGUUUUCCUCUUUUUCUAGUAGUAGUUGCUGAUCAAAUUCUCAAAGCUCCAUUAUUGCAUGAUUGAAAUUGGAGCUCUCUUGGCCACUGUGUUUGCUUGUGCCCGUGUUAGUUUAUUGAACAUGUGAACUCAGCCCUUGCUGAGAAUAUUUAAAGAACUAUAUUUUACACCUUAGGGAAAGCAGACAGAAACCUUCAUUUCUGCCUAUUUUUCAAUGGCAUAAAAAUUCUCUGUAGUUUAAAGUAGGUGUUUGAAAUAUAGUGUAAAUUAGUAUUUGUAUCAAUGUUUCAAAACUUAAUUAUAUAUAGAUGUACUAUGUGCUGAUAGCCUUACAUUUCUCUGUAACUUUAUAUUUGGUUCAAAGUACAAUUGACACUAUAUACUUGUGGAAAAUGCUGCAAUUACAUUUUGGAAGCUCUCUAAGAAUGGAAAAUAUAUCUGGGUGAUAAUAUAAAUAAGAGAUUUCUGUCUAUAAUUGGGCCUUACCUGGAGGCCUUACAAAGGGCAAAGAAGGGGAAAUAUAAGGGUACAUGAUGUAUUGCACUUUACUAUCCUAAGACAGAUGAAUGUGUAAAGGAUUGUGAAGUUAUUGGAACAUAUUUGAAUGUACCCAUAGGGAAAGCUGGAAGGCUGAAGGCCCACCCAGAUGGCUGAUGCCCCCACCCCAUAGGAGACCUGAAAAGUAGAAUAAAUGUAUCUCUGUUCUCCCCGAUAUUUGUUUGAGAGGGAACUUUUUGCAUUUGGGAAUCUGGAAUAAGUGCUCCAUAUUUCAAAAAAUUCACUUGUGAUUGAGGUGUUCUUGCUACUGGGUAUGCUAUAAUUCUGGUUUGAUAUUGGUAUUUUAAGAUUUUUAUAAUGAAAUUGCAUUUUUCUUUGUUAGAAAAACUGUGUCAAUGCACUAGACAUUGUAGUUUUGUAGGUACAGAUCCAUCUCUGAACAAGACUUUUCCUUCAGUUAAGAGAUUGACAUAUGUGGGUGUAUUGCCCGGAGCCUCCCAACCCCUUCUAGGUGAAGGCAGAAAAACCUACAUUAUCCAUUCCACUAUAGACACUUCAUAUGAGGUAACAAUCAAUUUGACAUGCCCCAGUCUCUCCUAAAAAAGUGGUGUUGGAAUUCCGCUGGUAGAUACUAAAAGAAAAAGCAGCUUUUGACUCAGCUUCAAUUUACCCCAACUUCAAUUUGGCCAAAAAGCAGAUAACAUGUAUUGAACUCUUUCUUAUCAUAAUUCAGUAUGGCAAAGACACUGCUUCUUUUCAUCAUACCACUCAUCUCUUUACCUUUUAUGGAAUUUAAAUAAGAAAUUGAACUGAGUGGACCCUGAAACCUAAAACAAUUCCCACAGUCACUACUUAACAAGGUAGACUGCAUUAGCCACCAAAGACUGGAACACACUCAUAGACUAACAGAAGAAAAAUUAUGAAAUAUUGCUGCUCCUCUAUUGGUGCUAAUCCUAUUUUUUCUUAACAUUUGAAGACUGUACCCUGUGCAGUGUUGCAAUUUCUUUCAACCUUAGCCUUUGGUACAACUGUGCUGGUAUGAAAUGCCUAUGGUUUUGUCCUAUUGCAUUAGCCACUGUUGUGUUGAGAAUAGACACCAUUUGGAUUAUUGAUACUAAAGAAAAUAGACACCAUUGGGAUGAUUCAAGAUAAACCUUUCUGCUUUCCCCUAGAGUGGAUAUUGGAUCAGGGAGUGCCUCAGAUAUGACAUUUUUAUGCUGUCCUUGAGAUUAAUUUGGAAGGAGAAGGGAGCUAUGUAACAAGAAUAAAAGAAUUUUCAAUGUUGAUGGAAAAAUUUUUAAGUAGAGUAAGAAAAAAUAUAAGCAUAUUUUCAAAAGAAAUAAUAAUUUUGCUUUGAUGGGGCUACAGUUUACACAGGGGUGGUAAGCCUCCACUGGGCAGCAGCUAGUGUUCUGUUAACAUUUUGUAAUCUUGAAAUCUUUUGUUGCUCUAAAUACAAUUAAAAAUUGCAGAAACUUGUUUCUUGGCAU